AUGCCUGAUUCAGACGACGCUCUCCUAGCCAGACUAAACGCCCUGCGAAAGUCUCCAAUCGCAUUCUCCAAAACAACCUCCCUCGAUCUGCCCUCAACACCACAACGAGCCACAGACUCUGACCUAACAGCGAGGUUCCGCAGCUUGACGCCCAACAGCGGUAUCGCAUCACCACUUCCAGACACAGGAGAUACAGAACACAACGAGGAAGAUGACAGAACGAUUGAGGAAUUGUUGCAAGAUCUGGGUCCAGAGGAACAGUGGUCUGUUCAGCGUGAUGAAGGCGAGAGGAUUCGCGACUUGAUGGCUGAAGCUAAGAGUGCUCUACCCACCGAGGAUACCAAGGAAGAGGAGAACAAAGACGUGGAUAUUGAGGUCGGAGUUGCUGAGCCAGAGCAUGUUGAUGAAGAUGAGGAAGAGAAGGAAACCAACCAGGACAAGAGGGAUGACGAGGAAGCCGAUGACUACGUGCAGCGUGUACUCGCCGAGCUCGCGUUGGAAAAGAAGUACGGCGGCUCUGAAGAAGAGGAAGAGCAAGAUGAAGACAAGAAGGAAGAUGAUGAUACUGGACUGUCUUUGCCCUCAGCGCCAACUGAGCUGCCAUCGUCGCCUGCUCCCGAUCAAGAUGCCAAUAUCGAUGAUGCUCUCUCGGCACGUUUCGCUUCUCUGUCGCUCCCUGGAGUGCCUUCAUUUAAUCCGGCAAAGAAACCUGUCAACAUUCAAAAGAGCGUCAAGUCAAACUUGCCCAAGUAUACGGACGAAGACAUGGAGAGCUGGUGCUGCAUCUGCAAUGAAGAUGCCACUGUAAAGUGCAUGGGUUGUGAUGGUGAUCUUUAUUGCCAGGAAUGCUGGAGAGAGGGUCAUGGAAACGGACCUGGUCAAGAGAGGGGCCAUAGAGCACUUGCUUAUGCCAAAGACGCUUCUUGA